GAUUUAUUCAUAGAAAAUCCACUCUUCUCUACCCUGGAUGUACAUCUCAUAUCAAAGAACGAUGUGAAAUGUACUGUAAUCAAUGUGACAUUCCGGUGUGUGUCACCUGCCUUGCUUCUGAUGAACAUCUAGGUCAUAAAUUAUUAAAAAUCUUACAAGUUCUUGAUGAAAAAAAGGAUAUGAUCAAAAAAGAACAAACUGAACUAAAUGAAAUAAUUUACCCAACCUACCAAGACAUUGCCUCUGAUGUACAAAACAGAAUGAGUCAGUUAGAAAAGGAAUAUGGAGACCUCUCAACAGCCAUAACAAAACAUGGAGAGGACUGGCACAGAGAAAUUGACAAACUUGUCCAGAAACUUAAAGCUGAAGUUGAUCUGAUGAAAAACACACAGCUACAAACUCUACAGGAACAUCUGGAUGAAAUAAACAAGAAAAUUUCUGAAAUCAAAGAUGAAAUCGAUUCAAUUGAUGUUGCUAUGGAUUCUUAUGAUAUUUCCAAACUAUUCAGUGUAACGUAUGAUAUAAAUAAACACAGAAAUCUUCCAGAAAAAAUAGUGCCCUCUUUACCUAAAUUUACUUCAGGAAGAAUCCAAAGAGAAAAAUUUAGUAAAAUUUUUGGAACCUUAUCAUCAAGUUCUUUCACUUCUGAAAACCAGGGCUACAGCAUAAAGACAACACAGAUUUCACCAGAAGCUGGAUCCUCUCCUCCAUCCAAACAACUGCUUGAUGAACCAGAAGUUGUCAUUUCUGCAGUCACUGGGUAUGAAAGGCUUUACAAUGUGGCCUGUCUGAGAAAUGAAGAAAUCUGGACAAGUGGGAAUGACAAAAUCAUGAAAUUGUUCAGCUUCAUUCAACGAUCACUGCUCAAGUCAAUCAAAACCAAGUCAGGGAAUGAACCAGAGGACUUAACAGUGACAAAAAGUGGAGAUCUGGUUUAUAUUGAUGACAGUGAUAGGACUGUGAACAUUGUGAAGAAUGAGAAGAUAGAGGAGGUGAUCAGACUACAGAACUGGGAACCUCUUGGUGUCUGUAGUACCUCCUCUGGUGACCUCCUGGUUGUCAUGGACACUGAUGACAACAAACAAUCAAAAGUUGUCCGUUACUCUGGCUCCACAAAGAAACAAACCAUUCAGUUUGAUGAUAAAGGUCAACCACUUUAUUCAUCAUCAAGAAGUAUUUUUUUAAUUGAAUAUAAAUACAUCAGUGAGAACAGGAACCUGGAUAUCUGUGUGUCUGACAGUGGAGCUAGAGCAGUAGUGGUGGUCAGUCAGGCCGGGAAACUGAGAUUCAGGUACACUGGACAUACUCCUGCUCCAAAGAACGAACCAUUCAGUCCACGAGGAAUCACCACAGACAGUCAGAGUCACAUCCUUACAGCUGAUCAUAACAAUGACUGUGUACACAUCAUAGACCAGAAUGGACAGUUCCUCCGUUAUAUAAAAUGUGCACAUAGUAACCCCAUGGGACUGUGUACAGACAAUAAUGACAAUCUGUUUGUAGCUAAAUGUGAAGGACAAGUGAAGAAAAUCAAAUAUCUGCAGUGAAACCAUAACUGAAGCAUUAA